GAUGUGAGAGGAGCUGUCGACGGUGAGAUCAUGUGAGAGUCCACGCUUGGAGAAAGUAGGUUAGCAGGGUAGACUGAGAGGAAAGCAGGCGGAGAAUCACAACGUCCACCGUGGGACUAUUCUGUCAAACAAACAAAAAAAAGAAAAAGUUCAACCAAAUCGACUCUUCGCCGAUCGAGACACUGACGAUGCGAGCCAACGCGGGUUUCUACGUUCUUCUAUUUUGCUCGGACUUGACCGAGCGAUAAAGCAGAGCAGUUUUCCUUCUUUCUUUUUUCCUUUUGGCUCGCGCUUUAGGGGAGGUGUGUGUGUGUGUCUGCAGUCGGGACCAAGUUCAUGUUGACAGAUCCAGCGUGAGUGUGUGUGUGUGUGUGUGCGCGCGCUUCCCUCAGUCUCCGCGCUGUCACACACAGUCACAGCCACAUGUAGUCGAGUCCUCAUCGUCCCCAACCAUCCAAGAAGACAACACCAAACAUGAGAGCUCAGAUCGAGGUCAUCCCCUGUAAGAUCUGUGGGGACAAGUCCUCAGGAAUCCACUAUGGCGUCAUCACCUGUGAAGGUUGCAAGGGUUUCUUUCGCCGCAGCCAGCAGAAUAACGCCAUAUACUCUUGCUCCCGCCAGAGGAACUGCCUAAUCGACCGAACUAACCGCAACCGCUGCCAACACUGUCGUCUACAGAAGUGUCUGGCUUUGGGCAUGAGCAGAGAUGCUGUAAAGUUUGGUCGUAUGUCCAAGAAGCAGCGUGACAGCCUCUAUGCUGAAGUGCAGAAGCACCAGAAGUCCCAGGAGUGUGUGGGCUCGGGAGGAGAGGGCUCUACAGCUCUGUCCUUACCCAGGGAGGAUGGAGGCUGUGCCGGUCGUGGGGAGGAUGGUGAGGAGGGUCUGAGCAGGUCCUACAGCAGCGGGCGCUCCAGCUCGGCCCUCAGUGACCUCGAUGACAUUGCUGCACUACCUGACCUAUUUGACCUGCCACUGACCCCCGAGGAGGCCAGCGAGUACUGCAGCCUGGAGCUGCUCGGCGGAGGAGCCAGCGCUGGAAACACCUCCAACUCAUCGUCCUCUUCUACCUCCUCGUCCUUGUCCAAUCAGAAUUCCCCGCAGCAGACUCUAAUGGAUGGGACGGACAGCAAAGGGAUACAGCUCUUGCAUACACACUCUCACACACACUCUCUGCUGGGACACACACAUGUGCUGCUGGACCAUCUGCCUGAUGACUGCUCAAUAACAGACCUUGAGCGCAUCACUCAGAGUAUUGUGAAGUCUCACCUGGAGACGUGUCAGCACAGUGCCGAAGACAUGAAGAGAUUCACCUGGGUACAAUACACACCUGAGGAAACCCGUGCUUUUCAGAACAAGUCAGCUGAGUGGAUGUGGCAGGACUGUGCCCACCACAUCACUAACGCCAUCCAGUAUGUGGUGGAGUUUGCCAAACGCAUUGCAGGCUUCAUGGACCUGUGCCAGAAUGAUCAGAUUAUAUUGCUGAAAGCAGGCUGCCUGGAAGUCCUGCUGAUUCGUAUGUGCCGAGCGUUCAACGUCAACAACAGCACCAUUUUCUUCAACGGGAAGUUCGCUGCACCUCAGCUCUUCAAAGCGCUCGGUUGUGAUGACCUGGUCAGCGCAGUGUUUGACCUUGGAAAAGGACUCUGCCAUCUACAGCUGUCUGAUGAAGAGAUGGCUUUGUUUAGCGCUGCUGUACUUCUAUCACCUGAACGACACUGGCUGACAGAAGGACAAAAGGUUCAGAAACUUCAGGAGAAAGUCUACCUGGCUCUGCAGCAUAGUCUACAAAAGAGUGGCGCUUCUGACGAGAAACUGGACAAGAUGAUGUCCAAGCUGCCAAUGAUGAGGUCAAUCUGUAACCUCCACGUCGACAAACUGGAGUUUUUCCGUUUGGUCCACCCAGAGACCGCCUACAGUUUCCCGCCACUGUACCGGGAAGUUUUUGGCAGUGACAUGUCUCUGCCCGACUCCACCAACAGUUAGACAGAUAAACAAGACAAGAGAGAUGGAGUUUAUUAAGAGGUAGGGAAGCAAAAGGAGAGACAAAAAGAAGGAUAGAGAUGUUCAAGCUCAACAACCAGCACAGUUAAGAGACAAUCCAGGACUUGUAACACUCCAAUGAUCCCAAAGUAGUCCUCCACGUUCCCAGCAGGCAAAGCACCUUACACUGCACAUGCUCAUAGUCCUCGCCAUAUUGUAGCAUUAACAGCGCGCGGAUGGGCACUGUAAUAAUAACACACAGCCCACUUUGCAUGUAACAGCUCCCAAGCUCUUGCACUUGUUAAAGAUCGGAUCCACUGUGGAUCACCCAAACAGUUAUGAAUGUACUUUAUUGAUAAGCACCAAUGCACAAGCCACAACGCAACAAGAGUGAAUGUAUGUCCCUGCCACUCACGCAGACACGCAGUGUUAGAACAAAGUCAUAUUCAUGGACAGGUCUCACUGUUAACACAGCUUUCAGUCCAUACUUCACUCACUUUACAAUAUGUGAGUAUGGUUCACAUUUGUAUCCACACACAAUAUCUGACCAUCACUUAGGGACCAAGACCAUGAGUCAUAACAAGAAACACGCGGACAUACUAUGACUCAUGGCUUAGGCUGAACUCCAUCAGCUGCAAACCACUUUCACACACAGAUAGACGGUGUUCGGUGCUGCCUUUUUGUAGGCUCUUGUAUCGCAAUGAGAAACCUCAGUCCCACACACCCCUUUCCUUGUAAAUGCCACUUAGAGACAAGACAAGAUUAAAAUUUAUCUUUAAUUUAUAUACACAUUUAUAAACAACUAUUUUAAAUAAGAAUGUAAAUAGACGAUUAUAUAAGUAUAUGGAGGUAGGACGUGAGUUCAGUUCAAUCAAGAGAGUGAAAGGUAGAGAGAGAAGAGUGGAUAGUAUGAUGUAGAGGAGGAGAAAAAGACAGGGGUGGAAGGAUAGCCAACUAUAGCCAAUCUUUUUCUUGACUAUUUUCCCUCUCAUGACAAAUACUCUCAGGUUUCUGUGGCAAUGACUCUUGCCCCAACGGCAAUUAGGUUGCAGUCGUCACACGAGUGAUGAUGGGUGGACACUUGUUGCAUAUGCGACACAGCAGGGGAUGCAGGGUUGCCCGGACAAGGGCAAAAAACAAAAAACAUUGCGGAUGUCUUGCAUUUAAAGUGAGAGCUUUCAGUUUGCACUUUGGCUGCUUCCCCUGGACAAACGGGACACUAAGGAAAGACGAAAACAGUGCGAAAGAUGACUUCAUGAACUCUAGAAUAAAAGGGGACACACCGAGUCUGCCCUUUCUAACCAGCAGUCAGAAGAACAGGUGUGAUACCAUUAUCUUUCACUCAUGAUGUUGGUUGGUUUAAAGCCGGAACAACAAUGGUCCAUUAUAUGUAUCAUAAGCCCACCUUGCUGGUUGGAGCAACUGUAUUAUUUUGUACAUUUGCUGUUCCUUUCUCCUUUAGUCCAAAACCCAGCACUUGACUGAAUACCAUGCACUUAAACUUUCCUCUUUCUCACUGGACACGAGUCUAAGGUCAGACAGAGCUACCAGCUGCCCCCUGAGUUGGGCCUCAAUGCCAGUAAGACUCAACAGUUUUCAGUCUGUUUUUAUUAUUUUUGUUUUCGUUUUGAUUCCUCAUCUCUCACAAGGUGUCACCCAAAACAGUUUUGUUUUUUUUAAUCAUGUACAUAAAUAACACACUUUUUGUUAUGCUUUGAGAUAAUGAUAUGGUUUGACUUGGGUAACUGUGAAGUUCUUGAGCAGAGUCUGAGGACAUGCUGUUUGCCACUCAGGGAGCCAGCUGUAAUCUCUUGACCCUUUUAUUACCAGUGUCAUCUUUUAACCUUGUACUCCUCACACCUUUGCACCUAAGAUGAGACCCGUAACCAUGAUCACUGUGGAUGUAAGUUCUAUUUUUGUGAAUGUUACAAAGUGUCAAAGCCCUUUCCGUUUGUCCCGAUAUUGUAACAUUACAUUUAAGAAACAAAAAAAAUUAAAAUGAAUCAGUUAGAGUUCAAAAAGGAUUUCAUUAUUGGGGCUAAUGUUUAUUUUGCUGUGAUUUUAAUUGAUUUGUCCGCCGUUUAUCCACCUCUUUCUUUAUGUUUCUCCACCUAUGUCUUGUAAAAUCUGUGAUCUAUUUUCUUUUAUUCAAGAAAGAUUGGGAAAUGUACAAACAAAAAAUGUUUGUCUUCCUUCUCUCUGUUUGACAAAAUGUGCAAGAGGUAUAUUACUAGUCCAAAAGUAACUUGAGUCACACAGCUCGAUAUACUAUAUUGUCCAAUGGGAUACCUUGUAUGGUAUGUGUGGUUUUAAGAAUGUAAUAAAUUGUUUCUUUUUCUUUGGAA